UAUGAACACACUAUUGAAUUUCAUUUUUCUGUUUUAAAUUCGUACUUCUCGGUAUUAUUGCUUUCCCACAAUUCCUAUAAUACUUAGUCUAUUAAAUUUUGUUAGUAUCACGUUACGAACGCAAUAUUCCAGCAGUAGUUGAUUGACAACAGCAUAGAGAAGAGCAAGGAACAAUGGCUGCUGCAGGAAGCACGAACUCCGGCACAAUUUUUCAAAAACUCGGUUUAAAACCGAUUACAAAAUGCAGUCUCGUUAAAUUUUACGCUCCUGCUUUCGGUGUUGCUUCGUACACCGCAUUAUCCGUUAAUGUAAUGAAUCCAAGUCUUGUCAUCAGAGUUUUUCCAAAAAAAGACAUCACAAACUUUUUAUUGGGAAGUGCUCUCCUUGGCACUGGCUCAUACAUAUAUACUCGAGACCAUAUGAAAGCUGCUACAAUUGAUGCAAAGAUAAUAUACAGUACUACCGGUGCUGUAUUGUUGAGCUUUGGAUCAGUUUUAAUAUGGGCAGUUUUGCGAUCUGUGGUACCACCUAAUCCUACUUUGUGUACAAUAAUUGGCAUUGCUUCUGGAAUUACAUUCAUUAAGAUUGGUUCCACUUAUUUGGAUUUUGUUGAUGGACAAAUACAAAAGAAAUAGAUCAAUCAAGUUUUCAUAAUUAAUAAUGGUCAUUGUGUAAUAAAUGCAUCUAAAAAACAAAUUUGCAAUAAUAUAUUAUGAAAUGUAAUUGUGUUGAACCAAAGCAAGGAAGAAAUGUAUGUUAAGUAAAGAGUUCUUAAAUGUCUACAGGUUCUUACUUUUUGUAUGAUCUUUGUUCCAAAAUGGCAGAAGAUUAAGGACAAAAUUAUGUUGAACAUAAUUACAAAGUGUUUUUAUUUUGUCCUGGUUAAUUGUUUUGUGAAAUCUAAAACUUAUUUAAAGGAUGUAUGAAACUAAAGUAAGAGUAUUAUUGUAUCUUACAUGGAACAUUGAAAAAUGGUUUCUUGAAAUGUGAAGUAUGUCUCACAUUAUAUAUUGGUGUUUAUGGAUUUAUAACUUAUAUACAAAAAGAGUAUGAAAAAAAGACAAGAAAAAUUUUUCAAUAAUUUGUAGUUGUAUUUGUAAUAUGAGUGCAUUUUUCAAAGCAUAAAAUCUGUUUAUCUAAGUAACUAAUUAGCAGUAGUGGUAGAAAUCUGCAAAUAUCACAGCAGUUUUAAUAAAUGUUAUACUAGAAAAAAUAAUUAAAAGGAUUUAAAAAAUAAGUUGUAUUAAUUUUUGAAGCAAGCAUAAGUAUAACAUUAAUUUAUUGUUGUGCACGUGCACGUUUCCUUUUGUAAGCAACGUAUUCGGAAUUAAUUUUAAUUAAUAAGAUGUGUAAUCUUAAAAAUAUGUACAGUUUCAUGGCAAACAACAUUGUAUCACUUCUUUAAUAAAGUCUGCUAUUAAGCUUAAA